AGCUGUGUGCUUGCUGCAGCUGCAUCUACCAGCAGGCUCCGGCAGGAAGAUUGCUUCUCUUCUCUCCUCCAAGGUCUAGCGAUAAACCCUGCGCGCGGCGCCACCAUGCGGCAGAAGGCGGUAUCGCUCUUCCUGUGCUACCUGCUGCUCUUCACCUGCGUCGGGCGAGCAGCUGGCAAAAGAGAAAAAGAGAGCUCAGAGGACAGCGGCUGGGGUUUCUGGAGCGCCCUGACCUACAUGGCUGUCGGAGGAGGCCUCGCGGUCUCGGCGCUGCCGGUCCUGGGCUUCACUGGCGCCGGCAUCGCGGCCAACUCGGUGGCCGCCUCGCUGAUGAGCUGGUCUGCGGUCCUGAACGGGGGCGGCGUGCCCGCUGGGGGUCUGGUGGCCACGCUGCAGAGCCUCGGGGCUGGUGGCAGCAGUGUCCUCAUGGGCAACAUUGGUGCCCUUCUGGGCUACUCCGCCCACAAGUACGUGGAGAGCAAGAAAGAGGAUGAGGAGUAGCCACCGGCUCCCAGGAACCCCCUCCUUCCUCCUUGCCCUCCCUCUUACAGUGAGAAUCCAGCACUUUCUCUGUCACUCUCCACAAUGACAUAGGUGAGAAAACAGAAUAAACGUCUC